AUGAAAAAUAGCACUAUUUAUAACGUAACUGGAUACCAUAGAGACAACUCAUAUAUAGCUAAAUUUUUUAAUAAGAAAAGUUUACUGACUUCAAAAAUUUGCUAUACAACGCAAAAAAUAAAUGUGUCCUUUUUUUUAAAAUUUUUUUUAUUUACUAUUUUGAUUUGGAUAUUAGAUUUUUCAACUAAUGGUACUUGUAAAUUCUUCAAUAACAAACAUAACUUAGGGACAUCAGUAAAUUUAAGAGUUAAAAGAAUUUUAUCGGAUUGCACUCAUCUACCAAAGUUAAAUAAAAGUGAACUAAAAGUAAAUUUAUUAGAUACAAUGGAGAAGGAAGAUAUACCAGAACAUGAAAAAGUACAACAACAAAUAACAAGUAAUCUUUUAUUAACAAAAACAAAACCAAAAAACGAAGAGAAUAUAAUAGAUAUAUUUGAUCAAAGCAAAAAUGAAAAUACAAAUAAUAAAAAUGAAAAAAAAAAAGAUUCACUUGUUAAUAAAUGUUCAAUUAUAUCUUUUUGUUGUUUCACAACAAUACUUGUGACUUCGUUGUAUUUCCUUAAAAAAAUUAAGCUUCUUCCUCUUUCAAAUGAUGAUUUAACUCAAUAUUUUCUUCUCUGCAUUUACAUAGGCCUUAUUUAUAUAAUUCUUAUUUUAUAUUCACUUAUUUAUAGAAAAGUUUAA